CGUUUAGGUGAACACCCACAUCGCAAAUAAAUCAGACAGGCUCCCAGAUAAAUCUGUACCACUCUCUCCUUUACUGUGGUCCGGACACCUUUAUCCCCGUGAACACUUGCAAGUUUGCACUCUGAAGGGUAAUGCGCGCGCAGAAGCCUUCGGGUUUCCUCCUACUGUAACAGUGAAGGCAUUUUUAUGCACAUUGCUCUUACAGAACGGGUGGCGAUCAUUUUUCAAAGAGCUCAACACACCACCCUUUGUUAAAAAGAAACUCGUCGCUAACAGCGAGCUCUUGUGCGUCACAUUCUCGCGACACUUGGCUGCGCUGGGUGAAGCAUGGAGCGGCGUGUCGCUGCGCUGUUGAUAACCGGUCUCCUGUCUUUAAGACUCGCAGCAGGUGUGCAGGGCUGCAGCAGCGAGCAGUUCACGUGCGGCAACCGGCGGUGUGUGUCGCUCAGCGUGCGCUGCGACGGCUUCGAUGACUGCGGCGACGGCGGUGACGAGGCGUCCUGCCCGACCUGCACCGCCGACGCCUUCCAUUGUGCGGCAGCAGCGCGCUGCGUUCCAGCUUCAGCCGUGUGCGACGGCCGGCCGGACUGCGCAGACGGCGCGGAUGAGCAUGCAGUGGCGUGUGCGCCCCCUGCCGGCCCGAGGCCGCAAGGCUGCAGCAGCUCCGAGUUUGGUUGCUCCAACGGACGGUGUGUUCCUCACUCAUGGAGGUGUGAUGGCUCCAGCGACUGCGAAGACAGCAGUGACGAGAAGAAUUGCAAUCAGAAUGAGUGUGAGAUCAAUAAUGGUGGCUGUUCCCAUAUGUGCGUGGACCUUCCGUUGGGCUUUGUGUGUGACUGCCCGGCAGGCAUGCGCUUGGUGAGAGAUGUACACUGCGAAGAGGCGGAUCUGUGUUGGGAUGCAGACGUGUGCGAUCAGACGUGUGUCAGUUCCAACGGCUCUUUUACCUGCGACUGUCAUGAAGGAUACGUGAAGAACUUGGAGACUGGCCGAUGCGUGGCUACAGGUGAUGCAGCUAGACUUGUGUUCAGCAGCAGUGAGGGGAUUGGCUGGAUGGGAAAGUCAGAUUCAUCAUGGGAGCAAAUCGCCAGCAUUACGGGAACUCCUGGGCCUAUCGCAGCUCACAUACCAAACAGCACCCUCUUCUGGAGCAACCCUGAACACCCAUACAUUUACAGGUUGUCUUUGGAUGCGGCGGAUAAAAGGCCUGUAGUGCAUUUCAGAGGCACCAAGGGAACUGUGGGAUUGGCCGUCGACUGGAUCCAUGACGUCCUAUACUGGACCAGCACCAGUACUAGAAGCUUGCACAUGGCUACGCUGGGCGGGUCGGCACGUAGGGUCCUUAUUGCUGCACUCUCCUGGCCCACAGCGGUUGCUGUCCACCCUCUGCUCGGGCUCCUGUUCUGGGCAGACAGCGGGAAAGUUCCCCGGCUUGAACGAGCGGGUCUCAAUGGCCAGGACAGAAGAGCCUUGGUCACCUCAGACCUCCGCAAGCCUGUCUCCAUCGCUCUGGAUAUUCCACGGGGGCUGCUGUACUGGGCUGACUCUGAGUUUCGUGAGAUAUCGAGGAUCACGUUCGAUGGGCAGCACCGGAAAGCGGUGGUGGAAUCGAACGGCUAUGUAGACCAACCCUUUGGCCUGGCGGUGUUCGAGAGCCGUGUGUAUUGGACUGACAGGUUGACUGGUUCAGUCUGCAGUGCUGAUAAGCACAGUGGCCGUCUGCUGCAGGUGACCCAGAGUCCUGGGAUGCGUUUCCCAGCAGGACUCGUCAUCUACCACCAGCUGCUCCAGGACACAGGCAAAAUGCUGUCUGCCACUGAGGGUCCCCCUGUAGUUGUUGAUUCUACCUUCACCUGGAUUCUGUGUCUGAUUGUCUUCCUCAGUGUGCUGUUGGUGGGUCUGCUGACAUGGUGGUGGAGCAGCCAAAUAUCGUCCUCCUCCUCCUCUUCCUCUUCCUCUCGUACUGGCUUUGAUGAUGAUGCUUUGAUGACUCGUACUGAGUCUCAGGACCUCCUUGUACCGACUGGACACACCAAAACACAGCCUGUCAAAUACCUCAGCUCUGACCUUGACUUCAGUAACCCAAAAACUUGCCUUUUCAUGGUUGACAAUUGACAUACACCUUUUCCAGAAAGCAUUUCACAUUUUUAGGACUGUUUUACUGAGUGGAGACACGUGAUUGGAAGUGAGACCAUGGAGAGACCAGAGGGAGAGAGUGUGGGUGUGUGAUAAUGGUUGAAAGCCAUUUCUUUUGCAAAAAAAGAAAUGUCUGGGGAGAUUUAUUUAAUUUAUACUUUGUUAAUUCUGCCUUGCUGUUGGCUCUGCCGUGGUCAUCUGGUAUCUGGGGCAGAUCCCGAGUCACUUGUGUAUAAAUCAUCUGUUCAUGAUUCUUCUUGCUCAUUGUGUUUGACUGACUUUGAUUCACCUUUUUGCUGAAUCAGAUUUGUUUAUUAAUCAGUACUUGUGAUACUGAACCUGCUGUAUAUUUCUUCUUUGUAGUUUGUUCUUUGUAUUUAUUAGCUUGUGUAUGUUCUGAGAUGGAUCAGUGGUUGAUCAGAGCUGUGAGGGUGUUGAGAGGAAAGCAUCACUCACAGGAGAUGAAGUGCACUAAAUACCAGUGAAAUAAGUUAUCUUUACCAGGCUGACUGCUCUUGCAACUGUACUCUGGUCUGAGUUGUUUGUAUGGCAUGUUUGCUUUGUCCUUAUUUCUGUUUUACUCUUAAAAGCUGGUGAGACUUUCACUAAGAUGAAUUUUAAAGCUAGAUUACAUUGUCAGUGAGGACUUUUCAUUCAUUACCUGAACACCUGAUUUGUUUGUCAGAUCAGGUUUGCAGGUGUAAACCCAAUCUGUAACCUACAGUUAUCUAAUGCAACUCUGAUAUUUAUCAGUAUGACUCCCUGGCAGUUAAAGCCAUCAUCUUAGUGAACGUAACUCUGUUUUGCUGAUGAUUUGAGAGAACACCCCC